CUGAAUAGCUACAGCUGUUACAGAAAGUCUGAAUGUUUGUUUGUUUGCUUCCUAGAAGUCAUUGUCAUAGUCACUGGGUUCUCAAUGAGCUCAUCUUUCUCUUGUGCCACACAGCAUUUGGAUAGAUCUUCCACAGUGGGAGACAAAUGAAUACUGAAUGUGACCUCUGCAACAGUUCUUCAGGUACGGCUCGCACGAAGGUCGGAUCUUUAGAACACCACAGCACCAGCUGUGCGGGAGCCGUGCCGCAGCCGGGCCGGGCCGUGCCGUGCCCGCGGCUCCGCCCUCGGGGCGGGCAGCGACAGAACCGCUCAGCGCUGCACCGCCGACCGCCUGCAGACGGUGCGGGACUGAACGGAGGUGCCGUGCGGAGCCGACAGGGAAGAAGUAUGAUCAAGAUGAAUUGCGUCCUGCUAACCGCCUGCAUUGUUCUGCUUGCUUUCUCUAGUUCUGGUUAUGCCCUGAGGUGCUAUCACUGCGAGAACAGCCCUUCCUUGUGCAAGACCAACAGCACUUGCUUAUCAAAUGAAGAUACUUGCUUGCAGAUGAGAUUUGGUAAAUUGAGAACGUCCUCCUGCUGGAAGUUGUCUCAGUGCAACGUGAAUGAUAUUGCUGUAUUCUAUCAGUUGGAUAACUUUGAUUACUUUUGCUGCCAACAAGACUUGUGCAAUGAGGGUGCAAUUACUGGGGUUAACAAGGCAGCUUUCAGUAUUGCUUCUGCAAUAGCCAUGUUAUGGAUGCUUCUGUAGCAAUCCUGGUCUGUAUGCUGUCUUUCCAAGCUGAAAUUAUACAAAAUCAUUA